AUGCCGGCAAGCGACCGGUUGGACGGCGUUUUCGCGGCGCUCCUGGCCCGCCGGGAGGCCAAAAGCCAGCUCCGGCGGCUGACGCUCGUCCCGCCCGGCAGCGCCGACUUCUCGUCCAACGCCUACCUCUCGCUGUCGACCCACCCGGAGAUCCAGCGCCGGUACCUCGCCCGCAUCCAGGCCCACCUUGACCCGGCCGGCGGUGGUCUGCGGGACCGCGGCGCCCACGCCCACGCCCCGGCUCUGCUCGGGUCCGGGGGGUCUCGACUAUUGGACGGUAACAUGGCGCUUGCAGAGUCGUUAGAAAGCAAGAUCGCCGCUUUCCACGGCCACUCGGCGGGUUUGCUCUUCAAUUCGGGAUUCGACGCCAACGUUGGCCUGUUCAGCUGCGUCCCGCAGCCCGGAGACGUCAUCGUGUACGACGAGCUCAUCCAUGCCAGCGUGCAUGAUGGGAUGAAGAUGUGCCGGGCCUCGAGGAAGAUUGCGUUUGCACAUAACGCCGUCGAACCAAAUGAAAUCACUGCGGAUGGCCGAGUCUGGAACGAGGCGGCGGAUAGUCAUAGAGGAAACCGCAGCUUGAGCGAAGUACUCUCGGCAGUGCUGGCCGGCAGAGAAGGGAGGGAUAUAAGAGAGGGACACAGUAAUGUGUUCGUUGCCGUCGAGGGGGUUUAUAGCAUGGAUGGAGACGUUGCGCCCUUGAAAGAAAUCGUCGAGUGCGUCGAAAGGCUAUUGCCGCAGGGGAAUGGCUUGAUUAUUGUGGAUGAGGCCCAUUCAACAGGUCUCUUGGGCGAAAAGGGCCGGGGACUGGUUUGUGAGCUAGGCCUGGAAGACAGAGUUUGGGCACGAGUCCACACGUUCGGGAAAGCCAUGAGUUGCGCCGGAGCAAUUGUUCUAUGCUCACAACUAACUCGCUCAUACCUCAUUAACUAUGCGCGAAGCCUCAUCUACACCACUGCGAUGCCGUAUACAUCACUCGCCAGCAUACAAACUACAUAUGACUUCAUCAUGAGUGGCCAGUCUGAGCCGCUACUUCGUCACUUGUGGUCUCUCAUUGACCGCACACAUCAACUGCUUCUGGACAUCUGCAGCCAGCAUCAACCCGAGCCGGCCCUCCUAAGCCUCACGCCUGGAAAACCCAAGUCGCCGAUUAUACCCCUGUUUACGUCCAAUCCGCGAGGUUUGGCGCAGUACUGUCAAGAACGGGGCUUCAUGAUCCGCCCGAUCGUUGCACCCACGGUUCCGAAGGGCAGCGAGCGGGUGAGGAUAUGCCUCCACGCCGGAAAUAGUGUUGAACAGGUUGAGGGGCUGGUUUCCGUCAUUGAAAGCUGGCUUGUGGCCCAGAUGAGUCAGGCUGAGAACGAGGCUCAGAGGUUCGAGGCGACGGCGAUUGCAGGGUUGAAGUCCAGGCUUUGA